GGAGACAGAUUAAAGAUGGGAAUGCUGAUCCUAAAUAAACAUGGAAAAAAGCUGAGAGAGAAGAAAGGGGAUCAUGAACCCUUUUCUAAUCCUCUUCCUCCCACCGGGAUGGAAAUGAGAAGAGGAGAGGAAGCCGAACUUCCUGCCCAUCCCAUGACCAAUGAAGAUUUUCGUAAACUUUUGAUGACUCCCCGAGUGCCACCUCCCACCGCACCUCCAGCAGCAAAACCAGAAAUAUUUGAAGAGAAAGAUGAAAUUGAUGAUACAGGCGAUAGAGCCGAAAAAAGGAAGAAGAAGAAAAAGUACUAUGCAACACUCAAAAAGCAAGAAGAAGAUAAAUUGGCGGAAUUAUCCCGUAAAUACAGAGAUAGAGCUAGAGAAAGAAGAGAGGGAGCUAAUCCCGAUUAUCAAAAUGAAGAUCCUAUUACAUCGACAGCAGGAUACAGAGCUGUUGCGCCAGAUGCAAAAUCUGGUUUGGAUGCAGCUGAAAGAAGGCGUCAGAUGAUUCAAGAAUCUAAAUUUUUGGGUGGUGACAUGGAGCACACCCAUUUGGUGAAGGGUUUGGAUUAUGCUUUGUUACAAAAGGUAAGAAGUGAAAUUACAAGUAAAGAAAAAGAAGAAGAAGAAUUAGAAAGAGUUCUCUUAAAACAUCAAGAUAAAGAAGAAGAGGAAGAAAUUAUGUUCAGAACAAAAAUGGGGAGAAAUAUAUAUCGCUGCUUGUUUAAAAGUAAGCAUCCCGAGAAGAACGAAUUGUUUUUACCGAGUCGCAUGGCUUACAUCAUCGAUUUAGAGGAUGACUACACCGAAAGCGAUAUCCCGACCACUCUCAUUCGUAGUAAAGCUGACUGUCCCAGUUUUGAGUCUCAGACAACUUUGACGACUAAUGACAUUGUCAUCAACAAGUUGACACAAAUUUUGUCCUAUUUAAGACAAGGAUUAGCUAAUAAACGAGCUAAGAAGAAAGAUAAGGGUAAAAUGAAAGAAGAAGAAAAAGGAAAAUCGAAGCCUGCUGAUGACAGCAUUUACGGAGAAAUUGGCGAUUACGUUCCUUCGACCGAAAGAAGGGAGAGGGAUCGAGAUAGAGAAAAAAAUAGAGAUAAGAAACGUUCUUAUUUUGAAAAACCAAGUAAUGAGGAUGAAAGAGAUAGAAUCAGAGACAAAGAGAGAGAUAAAGAUUCAAGAUUAUCCGGGUGGGGAUCAUCAGAUCUAAAGUUAGAACAUGAUUCGGAAAGAGGCGAGAAAAGAAGUUUGGGUUCAGCAUUCAAAACAGACGAUCGUCGGCUGAAAGCAAAAUUAACCAGUAAAUUGGAAAGAGAUAUGCCCGAGAGUUACGCCGAGUGCUAUCCUGGUGCACCAGAAAACGAAGAUGCCGUUGCAGAUAGUGAUGAUGAAGUCGAUUAUUCAAAAAUGGACAUGGGAAACAAGAAAGGACCCAUUGGUAGAUGGGAUUUUGACACUCAGGAAGAAUACAGUGAAUAUAUGAGUAAUAAAGAAGCUCUACCCAAAGCCGCCUUUCAGUACGGCGUAAAAAUGGCCGACGGCCGAAAAACCCGGAGAACAGGAACGGGUAAACGAGACGAGAAACAAAAAUUGGAUCGCGAAUUACAGAAAAUCAAUCAGAUUAUUGCCCGCAGGAAGGCGACAGAAGCGGAAGGACAUUCGGCACCAGCUCUGGGAGAGACAGAAUACAAGAGACCUCGAUACUAGAGUCACCAUUGUCUGGACCUAUUAUGUGUAUACAUCUUUACGUAAUGAAUGCGUCAUUUUGCAAAUAUAUUUAACAGCAUUAUACUUAGGAUUAGUAAGUAAUUAAGAUUUUAAAAAACAAAGAAAACCUUAACGAAUAGUGAAUUACACAUUAAUUAAUUAAAUACACACAAUCAGUUUAUAAAUUUGCUUUUUUGUUUGAUUUAUUUUACUUAUAAACUGUUCUAUACUUGAAAUCUUUAGUAAUAUUUAUGAUAUACACAGAAAGAAUUGCACAAUGCAAUUACCAAAAAGAACAGAAAGAAUAGCUUAAAUGGAGCAUUUAAACUUGUAAAUAUCAAUAGUACGAUACACGGAUAGUCGAGGCCAUAAAAGUAUUACACUACCACUACUGAGGACUCGAGUUCGAAUCCAUAUUGGUAAUUUUCAAAAGCAGCCGGGGCCCAACCCUCAUCUUUUGAUCGCUCACCCUCUCGAGGACUGGCGUUUAGAAAAGGCCUCUUGGUGCCCACGGUGCAGGAAGAAUUAAGAAAGUAGAUACAAUAUAUAGACACAUCUUAAAAUUAGGUUUUUAGAAGGGAAAAUAAAGUCGUUAUAUCGAUAUUUUAAGAAAGUAGUCAUAAAAAUUGAGUGACAAACAAUACAAAUUUAGAUACAGAAACUCAUGAGGAUAUAAAUUUUAAAACACGAAAGAAUGUGGAAAAUACGUAAAAAAGUUAAGAGAUUCAAAGACGAAACAGAUAAAUAUUUAUGCAUGCAACUCUUCGGCAUCAUUAGAUAAAUGAAUAGACAGACAAUUUGCGGUUCCGGAAAAAAGUUUCAGACCAUCCGAGUUUUCGAACUUCCUAUUAAAAUUAACCGAUCUCCUGUAAAUACGUUGUUUGGAUAUUAAAAUAACCAUAAACAAAAUAUGAAGUAAAAAUACAUAUUUUUUUAUAUUUAAGAAAUUCGUAUACAACAAAUCAUUUGCUUGCAAUUUGCCCGGAAAAAAGUUUGCAGCCAGGAUCAAAAAAGCACCACAGAAAAAAUGUUUAAUACUUAAUUUGUUUACCAUUAACCCGAAUAACAUUAAUUAGUCCAUUGGUCGUGGAUGGAGUAAGAGUUGCGCCAAUUUCAUCCCAUGCAGUCACAAUGGCCUUUUUAAUAUCAGAAACAUUGUUAAAUUGUUUUCCAUGGACUUAAACCACUCUUACUAAAUCACCCCAAAGUUUUCGAAGAUCUUAUUCGUUAUUAGCAUUUACAACAAUUUACAAAAUCUCUCUGUACUCAAAAAUAAGCUUUUGUCAUUCCAUAAUACUAAUUAAAAAUAUACAAAAGUUUGUGAUAAAAUCUGGUAACAGAUGGCGCCACAUACAAUUUUUGUAAUUAAAAAUAAUAUAAAAGUUAUUUUUUAAAUAAAAUCUCAUAACAGUCGGAAAAGUUACUCAACUCGUCGGAUUUUUAAAAAAAUUAAAUUAUUUAAGUAGAAUUACAGUUUCGAAUUAAAAUUAAAUAAGAUUAAAGAACAGUUUCCCCUCGACAUUAGGCCUGCACCAAUGUUAUUAUUGAACAAAGUACAAGGACUGACUUAAAUCCACGAUAAGAUUACCCGUAACAUUUUUCCUGAAUUCCUAUUAAGUCCGGUAUUAAAAAUAUGAUUAAGUAAUCGCUAUGUUAAUGUUUAAAAUAUGUUCAACGUAUAAUCUAGAUUAAGAUAAAUACAAUAAAUAUAAAAAAUAAUAAGCGCGGAAAGAUUAUCGAAAAUGUUAAAAAUAAUAUUGUAAAGACGAACGAAGAAACGAUAAAUACGUAUCUUAUUCAAAUAUUUAACUACAAUUAACUGCAAUAAUAAAUUGAAUUGCUCUAUUAAAGAUAAUAGACCGUAUAGCAACUGUAUUAAAUAUCAAGGCUCACGGCAGUCACUUCCUGCCAAGUAAAAAUAUCGACUGAUUACGUAUAGUUACGAAGGAAUCAGAGUUGCCGAUUUUCGGGGUUCUAUUUCUCCGCCCCCAAACACCCGAAGUAAUUCAGAAGUCCUCGUUCGAAAGAAAAUUGUUUAUUCGGGUAGUGUGCAAAAUUUCGAGAUUUUCUGUAAUACGGUUGCCAAAAUAUAAGCAAUUUGAAAAGUGCAAAAAUUCAAAAAAAAAAAAAAAAACUAUUUUCUUGUUUUUCACCCGGUAGAGAAGAAACUACCAGGUCCAGAAAGCUCAAAUUUUAAACUUAGGUCUUCCUCGUUACCAGUGAGGUGCUGGACAAACUUCCGGAUCGAAAGGUCAAAGUUCACGGGUGUUUGAUAGAGAGCUAAUUCAGUUUUACGGCUUAAUUUUAUGCUUGUAACGAUAAAAUUGCACGGAAACAAAUGAAUUUUAUUCAGAUUGUUACUCAGAAUAACAAAAGGUCUUUCAAUCUUAAGUCCUGUGCUUUUUGUCGAAAAUUUCUGAAAUUUUGUAGGGAGAUUUGUUUAUUAGAGGAAUCGAUGCUAAUGCUAUUAAAUUUUGGUUGUUAAAGAUCGAGGGAAUGGUGUGUAUGUGUAUCAGUAGGGUCGGAUUUAAUGAAGAUUUUACUAGUUAUUAGCAUUUACAAUUUUUUUAAUAAAACCCGUUCUUAACCUCAAUAUUAAGCGUUUUCCCAUUUUAUAAUAGUUAAAAAUAUAAGAAGUUUUAAAAAUAAAAUAUCGUAACAGAUGGCACCACCACCAAACGUUUCCGGGAAAGUUAAGCAACUCAUCGCUGGCUUUUUCGAAAAAUUAAUGCCGGUGCAUGUAUGGUAAGUGAACAAAUUAUUGUUUUCACCCAGCAACUGGCAAUCUAACAAUACUUUUUCGGUGUUAUCUGCCGAAAAAUAGCCCCGUUGCCCACGAGACAGGGACCGAACCAGCAGAACACACACCAAGGUAAGCAUUACUGUAUUUCUAAAUUAUGCAGAUAUGGCGAACAGCGCCAAUCUCGGCAACCGGAUUUGGAUUUGUCUGUCAGAAUUUCGUUAACGGUUGGAAAAUGGAAUGCAGUAUAUGCAUAAAAAAGAAAGAAUACUGCAAUUAUGUUAUAAUAUGUUUAGAAAAUAAACAUUUAGAAAUUGCAAAGUUGUACUUAUUAAAGAAAAAAUUCCGAGUAUCCCCUAGCAAGCAUUACGUCCCCUCCACCUAUAAUUGGCUGUGAGUGAGAGGAGUUUUAGUCUUGAACCCUGUGUUUUCUCUAUCUAUCCUAAGUAUCCUUUCAAAAAUAAUACGCAACCGUCAUAUUGUCUGGAUAUUAUGUCAU